CGUCUUCUUCUUCGUCACAGACGAGGGUUCACGUUCACUCUCUGCGCUUCACUUCUUUGUAUCUCCUCGUUGGUGUUUUCUUGAACUCGUGUUUUCAGCGAAGAUGCGUGAGAUUCUUCAUAUCCAGGGUGGACAAUGCGGGAACCAGAUCGGAGCGAAGUUCUGGGAGGUGGUGUGCGCGGAGCACGGGAUUGAUUCGACGGGAAGGUACAAGGGGGACAAUGAGUUGCAACUGGAGCGAGUGAACGUGUACUACAAUGAGGCGAGUUGCGGGAGAUUUGUCCCUAGGGCGGUGCUCAUGGAUCUGGAGCCAGGGACCAUGGACAGCGUCAGAUCUGGACCCUACGGCCAGAUUUUCCGCCCGGAUAACUUCGUCUUCGGACAGUCCGGCGCCGGAAACAACUGGGCCAAGGGUCACUAUACCGAGGGAGCUGAGUUAAUUGACUCCGUUCUUGAUGUUGUUAGGAAGGAGGCGGAAAACUGUGACUGCCUUCAAGGAUUUCAGGUUUGCCACUCUCUCGGUGGUGGAACUGGUUCUGGAAUGGGAACACUUUUGAUCUCGAAGAUCAGGGAAGAGUACCCUGAUCGAAUGAUGCUCACAUUUUCCGUGUUCCCAUCCCCUAAGGUUUCUGACACUGUUGUUGAGCCAUACAAUGCAACUCUAUCAGUGCACCAGCUCGUUGAGAAUGCAGACGAAUGCAUGGUUUUGGACAACGAAGCUCUCUAUGACAUCUGCUUCCGUACCCUUAAGCUCACCACUCCAAGCUUUGGAGAUCUGAAUCACCUAAUUUCUGCCACCAUGAGUGGUGUAACAUGUUGUCUUCGAUUCCCUGGUCAACUCAACUCAGAUCUUCGCAAACUCGCCGUGAAUCUCAUUCCCUUCCCUCGUCUGCACUUCUUCAUGGUAGGGUUUGCCCCUCUCACUUCCCGUGGAUCCCAACAGUACAGGGCUCUCACCGUACCCGAGUUGACCCAACAAAUGUGGGAUGCCAAGAACAUGAUGUGUGCAGCUGAUCCUCGCCAUGGUCGUUACUUGACAGCUUCUGCAAUGUUCCGUGGUAAAAUGAGCACCAAGGAGGUCGACGAGCAAAUGAUUAAUGUCCAGAACAAGAACUCAUCCUACUUUGUGGAAUGGAUCCCCAACAAUGUGAAGUCCACUGUUUGUGAUAUCCCCCCAACUGGGCUCAAGAUGGCAUCAACCUUCAUUGGGAAUUCUACAUCUAUCCAGGAAAUGUUCAGGAGGGUGAGUGAGCAAUUCACGGCUAUGUUCCGCAGAAAGGCUUUCUUGCACUGGUACACCGGUGAGGGUAUGGAUGAAAUGGAGUUUACUGAGGCUGAGAGCAACAUGAAUGACCUUGUCUCGGAGUACCAGCAAUACCAAGAUGCAACUGCGGACGAUGAAGGUUAUGAAUAUGAAGACGAAGAUGAUGUUCAGGAAGAGGACGAAUCUUGAGCAGUGGCUGUUGUUGGAGGGGUGUUCUUGUUUGUGUUUGUUGUGAUAUUGUGUCGAUGUUAUGAUUUUAUCCCUUUGUCCUGAAUACCUUUUUCGGGGUUUUGGCUUGUUUUGGGGGCGCUCGCGUCUUUGUGGUUAUGGUAGUUUAGGAAUUUUAUGUCCGCAUGUUUUCUCAUUAUUAACAUUGAUCCCCCUUUAAUUUCUGGAAGAUUGAAACUUAGAUUAUAUAUAUUCUUCAAAUAUUUGGAUAUU